CAACAUCUCUUCCAGCACCAUCCAGACACCAAGUCCCACUUCACUCACAUGGACGUGACCCUCGGCAGUCAGGAUCUGAAGACUCAUGGAGGGAAGAUCAUCCACGCCAUUAAUGAUGCCCUCAGCCACUAUGGAAAUCUGCAGGAGAACUUGGCCACACUGCGGGAGAUGCACACCAACAAGCUGAAGCUCAGUGUGGACACCAUCAAGCUGCUGUGUGGUUGUCUUCUGGAGGUCAUCGUCAAGCAUUUCCCAGAUGUGGACAAGUCUGGCUGUGACAAGUUCCUCAAUGAAGUUGUUGUUGCCCUGAUCUCCAGCUGA